CCUAAUGCUAAAACCCUGAUCAAAUGCCUUACGGAUUCAACAAAAACACAAUGUUGAUGCGCUACGUUCGUUCGUCCCUCAUCGCGUCGCGUUUUUUCUCGACGGCAGCGUCGGUAGAGAAAGCAGUACCAACUAACGAAGUCGCUCCGAAAAGCAGCGGUGGAGGUCGACGAAACACGUUGGGACGGAGGCUUAUAGGCCUUGUGUAUCCGAAACACAGCGCUGCAGCUACAAUACAGAAAUGGAAAGAGGAAGGUCGUACGGUCAGAAAGUAUGAGCUCAAUAGAGUCGUUCGAGAGCUUCGUAAGCUCAAGCGCUAUAAGCACGCCCUCGAGAUAUGUGAAUGGAUGAGAUUGCAGAAAGAUAUCAAGCUCUUACCAGGUGACUACGCCAUUCACUUGGACUUAAUUGCAAAAAUUCGUGGUUUAGAUAGCGCGGAGAAAUUCUUCAAAGAUCUUCCAGACAAGAUGAGAGACCAAGCCACAUAUACAGCUUUGCUCCACACGUAUGUCCAGAACAAGUUAUCGGGUAAAGCCGAAGCUUUAAUGAAGAAAAUGUCUGAUCGUGGUUUCGCAAAGUAUCCGCUUCCGUACAACCACAUGCUCUCUUUAUACAUCUCAGAAGGAAAACUAGAAAAGGUCCCUGAAAUAGUGAAGGAACUAAAGAAAAAUGCUUCACCAGAUAUCUUUACUUAUAAUUUAUUGUUAUCUGUUUGUGCUUCCCAAAAUGACAUCGAAGCUGCCGGGAAAAUCUUUGUCGAGCUAAAGGAGGCGAAAAUCGAGCCUGAUUGGGUAACAUUUAGUGCAUUGACCAAUCUGUAUAUCAGAGGAAAGCAAAUUGACAAGGCAAUGUGUACUUUGAAGGAAAUGGAGAAGAUGGCAACUCGGGAAAAUCGAGUUGUUUAUCCCUCCCUUAUCAGUUUGUACACAAGCAUGGGGGAUAAAGAUGGGGUUCAUCGAAUCUGGAAGAAGAUGAAAUCGUGUUUCCGUAAAAUUAGCGAUACGGAAUACACAUGUGCGAUAUCGUCGCUUGCGAAACUCGGGGAAUUUGGAGAAGCUGAGAAACUGUAUAGUGAAUGGGAGUCUGUUUCCGGAAGCGGCGAUGCUAGAGUUCCAAACAUACUCCUCGCAGCUUACAUAAACGGAGACCGAAUCGAAAUGGCUGAAAACUUUUAUCGGCAGAUUGCACAGAAGGGUAGUUCCCUGUGUUAUACCGCUUGGGAACUUCUUACUAGGGGCUAUUUGAAGAAACAAGAAAUGGAGAAGGUAUUGGAUUGUUUUAAGCAAGGUGUUAGCAGUGUGAAAAAAUGGAAUCCUAAUAACAAAUUGGUUGGCGAAGUGUUGAAGCAGCUUGAAGAGCUCGGUGAUACCGAAGGGUUGGAGAAAUUGUUGGUGAUUCUUCGAAAUGCUGGGCGUGUGAGUACUAUGGUAUAUAAUUCGCUUCUUCGAGGAUAUGCAAAUGCUGGUAAAAUGCCGCUUGUAGUUGCUGAACGAAUGGAGAAAGAUAAUGUGCCAAUGGAUGAGGAAACGCAUGAACUAUUACGAUUAACAACCAAAAUGCGCCUGUGAAGUUUCAAGCAGUUUUUGACGAGUGUUAUCGGGCAGAUGGAUAAUCUAUUUUGCGAUUUAUUUUCUAUUUUUAUGUCCGUUUUACUGUUAAUGCUCGGGUUACCCUUUCUAUCAAUAUCGUCUCCAAAGUUUAAAUUUGCAUUCAAUGUUUGGGAGUGGAAUGGACUUUAUCAUUACACCCAACACUUGUUGCCUACAUUUACUCCCUACCAUAAGUAGGGUUGCCUUGUGAUUUGAACCCACGAAAUUGGUUUUUGUAAUUAUAGUUUACUACGAAAAUUUUAUCAAAAAAUUGGUAGUUAAAAUUUUCAA